GGUCUGUUAUUAACAAGCAACUUCGCUCUCGAGCUACGCCAGAUGGAUUUUCCAAACGGGCUCACGCGCUCCUAGCAAAGUUCAGAACGAGACGUUAACCUUUCAACAUUUCUCAAACGCGAUUGGCUCCUCGUUUCAACAUUUUCAACAUUUCUCAAACGCGAUUGGCUCUUCGUUUCAACAUUUUCAACAUUUCUGAAGCGCUAUUGGCUGUAAUGCUCAGCAUGUUUCUACGUUUGUUUUAGUUCGUAUUUACCGAACACUAUGUGUUUUAAGAGUACAGUAGUAGACCAAAACGUGAUGUCAGAAGUGGGAUUCGAACCCACGCCUCCAGAGGAGACUGCGACCUGAACGCAGCGCCUUAGACCGCUCGGCCAUCCUGACCCAUAUUAGCCGUUUUAGCCCGUUAGCUAUACAACCGUUUAUGUGUCAAAUUUCUUUAAAUAUGCCUCACCUAUAAUUGCAACAGGCAUGGGAUGGGCUCUGUUAUACAAUCAUACAACCUCUGUGUCGGUAAACGCUGUACUAUGGACCAUUUGACAGAAGUUACUCAGCACACCUGCAUUUAGCUAAGCUAGCAGCAGCUCGGCACAAAGCAGUCCUCCUGGUUCACACAUAAACUACUGACAGUCAUGGCCUCCUCUCCUCCACACAACUUCUCCUGGGUGGAGCCCGGGAAACUGGCUGGACUCGCCAUGCCCAGGAUGCCGUGUGAAUACCGGUAUCUGCUGGACAACGGAAUCAAACACCUUGUUUGUCUGUGUGAGCGGAAACCACCAAACCACGACUCCUGCCCAGAGUUACAGCUUCACCACAUAAAGAUUGUGGACUUCACUCCUCCUUCACCUAGUCAGAUUGAUCAAUUUCUCUCUAUUGUGGAAGAGGCCAAUUCCAAAGGAGAGGGUGUGGCUGUUCACUGCAUGCACGGCCACGGAAGAACAGGGACCAUGCUGGCCUGCUACCUGGUGAAGAAGAGGAAAAUCUCCGGGAUCGACGCCAUCAACGAGAUCCGCAGAAUUCGCCACGGUUCCAUCGAAACCCACGAACAGGAAAAGGCGGUGGUGCAGUUUCAUCAGCGUACAAAGUAACUUUAUUAUGACAAUGAACAAGCAAUUCUGGCUACAUUGGAACUGGAUGCACUAAGCGUUUUGGAAAUUAAACAUAAAAUCUGGGCCUCAUUUUUAUCUAAAUGACACUUAACUAUCUUGUAGUUGGAAAAGUACAAAAGUAUCAGAGUCCUUUUAAGACAUGCAUCCUGCCUUAUUUGUUGUACUGUAAAGUGCCUUGCAAAAGCACUCAUUUCACAUCAUGUCACCUUACAACUUUAUUGUAUUUUAUUAGGAUUUUACAGAAACAGCAACUUUUAAGUCUAAAAAUUCUUAAGUAUAUUUAGAUAUGGACUUUUACUGACCCUUUGUAACACUCAAAGCUGUUAUUUGCUUUCCAUUUUAUGUUGGUCUAUCAUGAGUACCCAUUUAAAAUUCAUUAAGUCUGUGACUGUAAAGUGACAAGGAAUACUUUUGCAAGGCGCUUCAUGUUUUUUUGUUUUUAUUUGACUUCUUUGGGAAAACCAGGAACCUUCAUUUAUGCACUUGAUGUCAGGGAAAAAAGAUGCUGACGCUCCCUGAAUGUGAGCUUUUCAGGAGCUGACACCCUCUUGAUGUUCUCCACCAAAUUCCUGCAAAUGAAAAAUCACACAAAUACUUGAAAUUAGUGUUUUGUAUGAACACACACCUUGUGUUGUUUGAUAACAGACCUAUAGCCUAGAAUUUAUUAUUUUUUAAUUUAUAUUACUCAGGGCCAUUUUCUUAGCACUUGCAAAACUUUGUAACAUUUCUUUCAUUAAUUUGUCAUGAAAUGAAUGCUGGACAGGUUGUGGACCCUGAUGUGCUGUAAAGUGUAAACUUACUCAUCUGAUGCUAUGUUGUUCAGUCCAUUUUCUAUUUGAUCUGCCAAAAACAUGAAAGAUGCUACUCAGCUGAGUGUGGAUUGUUAAAUGACAAUAAACAUGUGGAUAUAC